AGAAACAACUUCAGUUUUAUGCCAGUUUCUUUGUAUCUCCGACAGAGUUCGUUUCGUUCACAAAGGGAGUUCAAACUCAUUAAUUAAAAUAAUAUUGAGAAAGUUUUUGUUAAGAAAUGUUGUUGUCACGUUGCACAACAAUUUUGAAAAGCGUAUGUGAAUCAAGUGGAAGGAAACAGACUGCAAUAAAUUUACAACAGAUCCGUACAUGUUUUGCCUAUCGUACAGCUCCUGUACAUGAAACAAAAUGGGUAGUACUGUCAGAAAUAUGGGCUGGAAUGGCAUGGUGGUGGAUCUUUUGGAAUGCUUGGCAUGAUUAUGAGCAUAUUACUGGUCAUUAUCCUGAUAUACGUCCAAUAGAUUGGAGUGAUGAAGAAUUAGGAAUUCCACCUGAUUAAAUAGUCAAAUAGAUAUUUUUUGUAAUAUUGAAACUCUAAUAUAUAUACAUCAGAGAUUUUGAUGUAUUUAAAUAAUAAAUUGUAACCACAUAAGAACACAUUAAAUACAUUAUGUAUAGAAAAUUGGUAGAGAGUAAAAGUUUGUCUAUAAUAUAUUUCUAAUAAAUCAUAUGAAUUAUGUGAUUAAAAA